AUGGGUUUUUCAUCUCCAAACAACUCCGUCGCCUCUUACAUCCGCGAGAGAACUCCUUCGGACCUUUCGGGGAAGAAAUCUCCUUCAAUAGGUUGGUCCGAGGAGUCGUCUCGUCGUUCUGUCGGGUCUUCGACUCAUCGUGGAAACUCUGCUGAGGUUCCUUCCUCCGGGAUAGAUCGUCGCGAAAUCUCCGCCAUUAGAGAUAGGGUUCCCUCCUCUAGUCGCGUUCCUACUGUUGUUCCGUGUUUGCGAGUUAAUACUGAUUCUGAUGGAGCUGGGAAUCGUUAUGCCGACGAUGAGAGAGAAUCGGCGGAUGAAAACGUUUCGGGUGAAUCUAGAAAAAACGAGAUGGUCGAUCUGGGACCCACUACGUCGACCCGUGAAUCUGUUGGCCAAACGACCGACUUUUGCUUGUUGCCGGGCCCUCUAACUAUUAGGAUCCCACGAGACACAGAUCGGCCGAGCGAUUGUCCUGAGGGGUUCAUUUGUCUCUUCGAAGGGUUUUUCACCGAGACGGGACUUCGCUUUCCUAUUCCCGACUUUCUCAUGCGAUUCUGUCGGAACCGUCAGAUUGCUAUAUCCCAACUGACGGUCGCUUCGAUACGAACUGCAGCCUGCCUCCAGAUGCUUUGCGCGAGGUGCGGCAUUCCCCUUUCAGUGGAGCUUAUGGAAGAACUUACUUCUUUCAGUAAAGUACCUCACAAGCUCGGCCAGCAUUAUAUUAGCUCAGUUAGAGGUUUCAAGAUUCUCGAAAACGGACCCUCCAAGACCCGGGACUGGUUAGGAGGAUACUUCUAUGCUAAGGUGGACCGGAACCUUGUGGAGGAUCCUUCGGUUGAAUUUAGGAUUGAAUGGAACCUUGAUUAUGCGCCGAAUCUUCGAAUCCUUCGAAAUUGCUCUCGACGAAUCCUUGAUCAGGCCGAGACUCUGAGAGAACAAGCUCCGAUUGACUGGAAACAGGUUCCCUGUCUGAAGCAUAAGAAACAGAACAAGCGCAAACCGCAAAAGAGUUCGGCCCGUCCAAAGAAAAUGUCCGGCGAAAAUGUUAAUUUGGCAACCCUCAUGCGUGAGAAACGAGCUCGCAAGGAGGCUGAAUCCAAAGCUCGUCUAGCGAUAGUUGACAAAACUCAUGAGGACAAGGCUCGUCUUGAUGUAGCCGAGAAAAAUCGCAAGGGUCUUGAGGAUAAGACCAAAAAGGGUACGUUUGGCGCCGAACGUCGGGACGUUACCGAUGUGACCCGAGUGGACAAAGCUCGUCCAAUCACCGUUGGUCAGAAAGGAUCAUCUGGCCGCAGCGUGGAUAGGGAGAGGAGCGGCCUUGAUACCUCUGGCUCUAAGCGUCCCUGUUCUUCUAAAGAGGUCGUUCCAGCUUUGGACAAAAGGAGGCGUAUUGGGAGCGGUGAUGUCGACCUUUCAGCCGGGCCCCGUCUCUUGGCAAAUGCUGAUCACUCAUUCCGCUAUGAGUACAAAGUCAGGGACUCCCCGUUUUCUGCCGACCGGGUUGAAUGUGCUCGCUUCCUUCGGAAGGUGGUUGGAGCUCCCGGAGAACCGGAACAUGAGUUUUUGGCCGAGGCUGACCUUUUCGAGAAGUGGGCGCGUGCAGAGUGCCAGGCUGUUGGGGCGAAUAACCUCCUGAUCUCGCGGUAUGAUCGCAAUCUGCGCUCGGCUCGUGAAAAGAUUCUGGAGCUCGAGGGCAAAUUAAAGAAUGCCGAGCGUACCAUUGCUUAUAACAAUCAACAAGCUAAGGCGGAUUUUGAGGAGUUGAAAGCUUUGAAAAAAAAGAUUGUCGUUCUAAAAGCUGAGCGUUCGAAAGAGGCUGCGACGCUCGAGAAUGUUCUGAGGCAACAAACUCUGCUGGAGGCCCGGCUGGCUGAGGAGAAAGAGAUUUUUCGGCGUUUUCGGGAAGAGAAGUUCGCAGAGGAUAUGGAGAAGACGCGUGCCGAGCUUCUGAACAAGUAUUACGAACGCUCGGAAAAAAUCUUUCGCCAUAUUGCUGAGACAGAAAAUGCCUCGCAUAUGGUGAAGAUGCAUGCGCAAGCAACCGGUACACUUAGCUGUCUGAAGUUUCUAGCCGAUGAGGAUAAAAUCCCUAUACCGGCGAGUACGUUUGAAGAGUUUGAGGACGAGGCCAAGGAGUGGAAAGACAAAAUUGAUGCGUUCGUCGUGACGGAGCUGGUGAACGGCGGGAGUGUCAUCACGCCUGUCGCUCCUCAUGGUUCGACGGAAAAUGUGCUGGGUUCGGAGGAGUCUCCCUUCUGGAUUAACCAAUUUGGCUCGAACCUCGGGGUCCUGGCAGCUUGCGAGAUUGAUCCCAUAACCGAGUUCUUCACCGAUCCUAAACUCGCUGCUUUGGUUUCUGCGGGAGUUAAGAAGGCGAUUGUGACGAUCUCUGAUGAUGAGCCAGCGGCCGUGAUUACUACUGAAGACGGCCCCGUUCCUGCUUCACAUGCCGAGACUGCGCCAACCAUUGGGGACAGUUCCGUACUAGCUUCGAAUGCCGAGCCUUGA